AUGGGAAGUUAUGACUUCACAAGCUCUCAUUAUUACGGAGAAAGCAGCCAUAACAACCACCAGCUGGAUGGCGACAAAUACGGCAGCAAAUCCAAUACCCAUUUGAUACCUCCUUUUUCAAUUCACGUCGACAAGACAUUACAAGAACUAGACUGCAAGAUUAAACUACAGCGGAAGCAAAAAUUCAGAGAACCAACAAUGCCACUGUUCAACACCAACUUCGCCGGUUUCAGCCUGACAGUGUCAACACUCAUGCGCAAUCCGUCGCUUCUGAUACCGCAUCUCACCAUUCCGACCUUUUUGCAGCUACCGGAGGAUCUAUCCUAUCAUUUAAUUGACUCCGUUGCCCCAGAGGCAGCCGGGGCCAGGCCACCCACCAUUCGGGCCCUGGUGAUUGACAAAGAUAACACCUUAACACCACCUCAUAAGACCACUUUCCCGACAGAAUACUAUGACAAACUGAAACAAUUACGGACCAGCGAGUCCUCGCCUUUUAAUAUGCAUACUAACCCGGACGGUAUCCUGAUCGUUUCCAACACCGCUGGCUCUAAUCCUCGGAGUAAGCGGUACGAGGAGGACGCGCGGAAGUUAGAAGAGUAUUUGGGAAAGUUGAAUAUCAAGGUGUUUAGGUCUCCGGCUGGGGCGUCGGCGGUGAAGAAGCCGUUAUCGUAUGCGGCGGUUUUGGAGUACCUGAAGGGGAAUGGGGUGGUGAAUAGGGCGGAUGAGGUUGCUGUGGUUGGUGACCGGGUGGGAACGGAUGUCCUUAUGGCUUCAUUGAUGGGAUCAUGGAGCAUUUGGACGAGGGAUGGGGUGACGCAGGAUAUGAAGGGGAGAGAGGGGAAGAACUACCGUGGUACCCUGGCGGGCGUGGAGAGGUAUUUGGUGAGAAAGCUGCAGCGGAGCGGAGUCGUAGCUACUCUACCGAAGUCAUGGCAACAUCUUUAG